AUGAGAGAAGUUCGGAAAGAAAUAGUCCGCGUCGCCUGUGAUAACGAGAUCCUCCUCUGGUCGAGAGAGCGUCACUUCCAAGUCGUGUCUCCAUCGUCAGAUAGAGAUGCUCUUCGUCCAACGCCAUCACCUACGCCCAAGAACUACGCAAUGGCCCUGCCAAAGACAUUGUCAAUACAAAGAUGGCUGCCAUCCAGGCCGCAACGAAGAUCCGUGACAAACAUUACCCACCUGUGGCAAAUCCAACGACUAAGAAUGAGACUCCCCCCUCAAAUUGAGUUCGACGACUCCGACGACGAAGUUGACGAGUUCAGUGGCAUCGAUCUGGAAGACUACGUCGCAUGGUGCAUGGAACGACAUACCACAUGGCGUGCCAUUAAGAUUCUAAACCGUCGAUCCGACAGGCGAUUAUUUGAGCGGGGAGAUGAUGCGCCCCAUCAGGCUGCUUCGACAGGAGGCUUCAGUAUCUUGCGAGCCUGA